AUGGCAGCUCAGGUCGACUUACUCCGGGCGAAAAUAAAAGAUGACAGAAUGAGGGACAGCUUGGAGAGAUUCAUCAAAGAGAAAAAAAAGAAGAAGAAAAGGGACCUGUCGCCGUCGGCUGACAAGCUGGGGAGGUGUGAGAAGGAGGCGAAGAAAGUGAAGCUCCAUCACCACCACCACUUCCACCGACACGCUGAGCACCGGGGCGGGCAGCCGCAACGGCUCCAGCAGAAGCCCGAAGCCCACCACUUCGGUUCGGACGUUCUCCACACUCACCACCCCCACCACCACCUCCAGCACGGCCACAGCCUCAGCAACGGCUCCAACAAGAGCCUGGAGCCGAGUUUCCCGCCGCCUCAGCGGCUGCAGAAGAAGGCGGCGGCCGUGGCGGCGCCCUCCUCCUCCUCUUCCCAGCCACCUGCGCUUUUCACUUUCCCGCCCCUCAAAGUGGCGAAGGCCACGCCGCGGGUCCCCCCGCACAAACCCCGGGAGCGAGACGUGGCGCUGACCCUCAAACAGGAGAACUCCGAAACCAACACGAAACACGCCGAACUGAAGAAGAAGAAAGAGCCCAGGCCCCACAACGAGAACGGCAAAGCCCUGACGUUGGAGGAGUAUCUCCUCAAAAAGAAAAAGAAGAAGAGGAAGCACCACGAGGGAGAUCACCGGGCCAAAAAGCCCAGGCGCGUCCACAACAAGGCGGUUCAGACGGAGGGGGCGGGGCCCGGGGCUGACCCCUCCACGCCCGGGCGCCACCACGCCGCCCCUCCGCCCGCCGGCGUGAAGAAGGAAAGCGGGCGCCACCCGCCCUACCUCCACGCUCUCAAAAUGGCCCGCACCCCCUUCCUCUCCCACCACGAGCACUCCAUCCGCAGCUCCUGCCUGCAGACGGGCGGCGGGCACGGGCGCCUCAUGCACGAGGAGAAGCAGGCCAACGGCGGCGGGCGGGUGCUGCACGCCUACGCCGACGAGCUGGCCCCCCUGCCCCCCGCCGACCUGCAGGCCUUCGCCCGCGAGUUCCUGGAGCUGGCCUUCAGCGAGAAGCCCCGGGGCGCGGCCCGCUACGCCCUGACCGUGGUGCACGGCGCCGCCACCUACCUACCCGACUUCCUGGACUACUUCGCCUUCAACUUCCCCGGCACGCCGGUCAAAGUGGAGAUUCUGGGCAAGAAGGACAUCGAGACCACCACGAUCGGAAACUUCCACUCUCAGGUGAGCAGGACUUACUGUUCAGGAACGUAUCGCGCCGGCCCCAUGAGGCAGAUCAGCCUGGUGGGAGCAGUGGACGAGGAGGUCGGAGACUACUUCCCAGAGUUCCUAGACAUGCUGGAAGAGUCGCCGUUUCUUAAGAUGACCCUGCCAUGGGGCAGCCUGUCCAGCCUGAAGCUGGACUGCCGCUCCCAGAGCGACGACGGGCCCAUCCUGUGGGUGCGCCCCGGGGAGCAGAUGGUCCCCACGGCCGACAUGCCCAAGUCCCCCUUCAAACGGCGCAGGUCCAUGAACGAGAUCAAAAACCUGCACUACCUCCCGAGAGCCAGCGAGCCCCGAGAAGUUCUGUUUGAGGACCGGACCAAGGCCCACGCCGACCACGUAGGCCAGAGUUUCGACUGGCAGAGCACGGCAGCUGUGGGCGUGCUCAAAGCCGUCCACUUCGGAGAGCAGGAUAGCCGGCCUCGGGUAACCAAAGAUGUGGUUUGUUUUGAUGCUGGGGACUUCAAUGAUGUGGUCCAAAGGCUACAGCUGGAUCUGUAUGAGCCCCCUGUCUCUCAGUGUGUCCAGUGGGUGGACGAUGCUAAGCUCAACCAGCUGAGGAGGGAGGGCAUCCGCUACAUCCGGGCCCAGCUUUGUGACGACGACAUCUACUUCAUCCCGAGAAACGUCAUCCACCAGUUCAAGACGGUGUCGGCCGUGUGCAGCCUGGCCUGGCACAUCCGGCUCACGCAGUACCACGCCGAGGACACGGCCACGCAGGAGGAGCAGCAGCCCACUGACCUCAGCCCCGCCUCCGGCCGGCUGUCCUUCUGCUCCCCCGCCCGGCCCGACUCCACCCUGACCCCCUGCGCCCGACCGCAGGGGGACGCCGUCCAGGGCGGGGUAGCCAAAACCCAAGAGCCGGAGUUCCAGAGGCCGGCCACCCCCUCCAGGGAGCCGCAGCCGGCCCCCCCACAGCCCACUAAAUCCACCCACCCCCCCCAAACGUACCGGGACCCGUCUGUCCCCUCUGGGUGCACGCCUUCCAAGGAGCCCUCCCUGCCAAAGCUCCACGGCCAUACCACACAAAUCCCAAAAUGA